CGCACGCUCCAAGUCCUGCUUCCUGCCGGAGGCUUUUGCCCAGCGCCCCGUGUCCCCGGAGGGAGGGGGGCGGUGGCGGUGGCGGCAGCUGAGGCUGCAGAAGCAGCUGGGGAGUCCGGAAGUCAACACCAUGUCGAGUCUGCACAAGAGCCGGAUUGCAGAUUUCCAGGAUGUCCUGAAGGAGCCCUCCAUUGUGUUGGAAAAGCUUCGAGAACUCAGUUUUAGUGCAUUGCAGAAGUUGGCCUUCCCAUUCUGGAGUGGUGUGGAGGCCCCAGAGGGGAAGCUGCCUGUGCUGAUUGUGCAGAGCUUGGACUGCACAUCACACCUGUCUUAAUCCUGGUUGCUCUGUCUACAGAUCCGUGUCUUUAUCUGCAUCCCCUGUGAGGGCGGACUGCGGUGCCUCUGCUGGAAGAUCCUCCUGAACUACCUCCCUCUGGAGAGAGCCUCGUGGACCUCCAUCCUGGCCAAGCAGAGGGGGCUCUAUUCGCAGUUCCUGAGAGAGAUGAUUAUCCAGCCUGGCAUCGCCAAGGCCAACAUGGGUGUAUUCAGGGAGGAUGUGACCUUUGAGGACCAUCCCCUGAACCCAAACCCUGACAGCAGGUGGAACACAUAUUUUAAGGACAAUGAGGUGCUACUCCAGAUUGACAAAGAUGUCCGGAGGCUGUGCCCAGAUAUAUCUUUCUUCCAAAGAGCCACUGAGUACCCCUGCCUGCUCAUCCUGGACCCGCAAAAUGAGUUUGAGACCCUUCGUAAGCGGGUGGAGCAGACGACACUGAAGUCUCAGACAGUGGCCAGGAAUCGAAGUGGGGUCACAAAUAUGAGCUCCCCGCACAAGAACAGUACGCCUUCAGCCCUGAACGAGUAUGAGGUGCUACCCAAUGGCUGCGAAGCCCACUGGGAGGUGGUGGAGCGCAUCCUGUUCAUCUAUGCCAAGCUCAACCCUGGCAUCGCUUAUGUGCAGGGCAUGAAUGAGAUCGUGGGCCCCCUCUACUAUACUUUUGCCACUGACCCUAACAGCGAGUGGAAAGAGCACGCUGAAGCAGAUACCUUUUUCUGCUUCACCAACCUCAUGGCUGAGAUCCGGGACAACUUCAUCAAGAGCCUGGAUGACUCCCAGUGCGGUAUCACCUACAAGAUGGAAAAGGUGUACUCCACCUUGAAGGAUAAGGAUGUAGAGCUCUACCUGAAGCUGCAAGAGCAGAGUAUCAAGCCUCAGUUCUUUGCCUUCCGAUGGCUGACAUUGCUGCUGUCCCAGGAGUUCUUGCUGCCUGAUGUCAUCCGUAUCUGGGACUCCCUCUUUGCUGAUGGCAACCGAUUCGAUUUCCUCCUCCUGGUCUGCUGUGCUAUGCUCAUACUGAUCCGGGAGCAGUUGCUGGAGGGGGACUUCACUGUCAACAUGCGACUUCUACAGGAUUACCCCAUCACAGACGUCUGCCAGAUCCUACAGAAAGCCAAGGAACUCCAAGACUCGAAGUAACAUGGUAGCAGGGGCCCAGCAUUGGAAGAGCAGCCACUGUGCUCGCUCCGCACCCUUGUUUUGGGGACACAAAGGAGCCUGUGGGAAAGCCAGCCUGAAGGGAAGCUGCAGUCCCGGCCAGCUCCAGGUCUUCCCAGCCUGGUUCCCAUGGUCCAGGGUGCUCCUGGAGCACACCGCGAUGCACUCCUUCCCAGUGCUCAGCCCUGCCACACUCCCUGCACCUCAGCCCUGGGACCCUCCACCCAGACUGCUCAGCAGGGCCAGAGCUCCUGAACUGGCUUCCUGGGGCUGGGGCCAUUUGGGGCCUAGGAGGCUGACAGGGUCUUGCCAUGCCUCUGCCCAGUAGCUCCUCACCCCUGUGCUUUCAUCUUCCCUGAGUCCUGGUCAGGGGAGGCAAUUAGCUAAUGGGCCAGAAACAACUUCUGAGUGUUGGUGCUCAGGCUGCCUGGGGAAGCACCUCAGAAGAGCUGAGUGACUGCCAGUUCUAGGGCCACCAUUUGUCUCUGUCAGGUGUGUUUGCUUGUGGCCGGUAGGGCUGUCUCCCGGGUCUCUGCUUGUGUGUGUGUAUGUGUAUUCAUGUGUGUUCACACAUGCCCUGGCAGUGGGGUGAGGGUGUGUGGGAACCCUCUAAGGCCCUGCUUCCCCUCUGUGUCUACCUCUGCCUGUCCCUUUCUUCCUUUGCCAGAGGCGUGUGUGGCUCCUGCUGUCUUUCUUCUGUUUGUCCUCUUUACCCUGGCUCUCUUCCCUCUCUCCUCCCCUCUGCUCCCUGGGGCCAGCAUUCAGGAGUGUAGCUUAGUGAGAGCCCUAGAGGCCAACUUUAUUGGCAUCCUGUUCCCAUCCCCAGCCUGAGGCCUCCAGGUCCUCUUGUUAGAGCAGGAAUCCCCAGUACCUGCUCCAGGAAGCCAAGUGCUGCUGACAAUGGCAGCCUGUGAUGCUUUGAGCCUCUCGCCCAUUUUCUACUCAAGAAUGGAGAAAGGAGGGAUGGGGAGAGCCUUCAGUUGGAGAGUAAGACACCCUGGCUGCUGUGUGCCUGGGAGUUGCCAUUUCAGGAGAGCUGUCAUCUCCUUGAUGGCCAUGUUCCCACCUGGUGUGUGCAGGUCUCAUCAAGGGCAAGGGACCAAAGAAAGCUUCUCUGGGUCCAGGGUGGCUAAACUGGAAGGCCUAGAGCCUCACAGUACCAGAGGGCUACCUGUGCCAUCUGCACCCAUGGGAGGCGGAGCAGGGAGGCGGGGAGGCAGGGGGAAGGCUGUGGAGGUGCUGGCCUUCUGGUCAUGUGCUUGAUCUAUCUUCUGGCUUUGGGGCUGGGUUCCCUGAACCCUGUAGACUUUCUGACCAUGUUUCUUCUGGAGGUCAGGUGGCUUGAGUCCUGAAGGCAGGUUGGCAGCAAGGGCUCUUACCUUCUCCAGAGACUGGCCAGCAGGAGCGAGGCUCCAGCAGCUGGCACCUGAAGCCUUCGUGAGAGCAGUGGGCAGGGCUGCCUCCUUCCCAGGCCAUUGCUUUAGCCAGGUUGGGUUGAGCGCUGCUGGGACUCUACCUGCCUUUUUACUACCUUCUCUCUCAAUACACAACACCUGGGAGGUAUUUUACUAUUUAUUUGAACACAGGCUAGCUAUUUAUUGCAGACUGGCAAGUGACCUGGGACUGUGGGUGGGGAGGAGUGGCCAGGAUGCUAAAGGAGUUGGAGAUAUGGAUUGUCUUACUUCCCAAGGUUAACCCUGACAUCCUCUCCCCGUUCCUGCCUGAGAGGGCUGCCAGCUUUACCCUAGAGCCGAGUAUAAAGGAGGCCAUAUACACUCCCGCCAUCUUGACGUCCCCAGACCUAGGACUUGGUAGCUGGUAGCUCAGCCCAGCAAUGAUCCCUUUGUUGACUGGGACGCAGCAAAUGCUGCCCUGGACGCGGAUGCAUUCCUUCUUGCCUGCCUCCCCUACCCCACCCCUUGCCCCCUUUCCUGGGACCAUGCUACUGGAAUCACUGCAUCUGAUUUGUUUCUGUGGGAGACCUGCAUCCUGUGCCCACCACUUGGUCCUUGAGAUGAAGGCCAAGGACAUGGAGACUUUGUCUUGGGUAGGGUGGCUCCGCAGAUGGGUGCUGCCUGAGGGAAGGAUCUGCCCUUGAUUCUUAAGGGGGAACCCGAGCCUGCACACCUGCAGCUCAUUUGGGAGCAGCUCCCAGGAGCUCAGCAGGCCAGGGUUGUUGAUGAGUUGUCCUUAAUAAACUGUGUGCUC